AUUUUGAGAUAAACCUUUUUUUUUGAUCUUAAAAUAUUUGAGACGAUUCUAAUUAAAAUGACUCUAUCAAAGUUUAUUUCUUCUUCCAUAGCCCUUUCACUUUUAUUAAGGAACGUUUAUGCACAUCCUCACGAAAUUUUGAGUGUUGGUGCAACUAAUGAUCCUAUUGACGGAACCUUAUGGACGCAUAUACUUUUUAUGUUUUUAGCGUUUGGGAUAAUAUUCCCAACAGGUAUGGUUUUGGGAAUUAGUAAAUCUAGGUGGCAUGUUCCCGUUCAAAUAUCAGGAGCAGUAUUAGUAUUGAUUGGCUUUAUCCUUGGUCAUGCUCAUGAAGGAAGAGAAUUUAGUGGGGAUAAUGUUCAUAGAGCUUUUGGUUCGACUGUUAUCUUUACUUUGACCUGUCAAAUUAUUCUUGGUAUAUACUUAAAAUUACAUUUAGAAAAAGGGUUUAAUAAACGAAUUAGACCAAUUGCUGUUAAAUUCCAUCAGAUCAUUGGAAUAAUUGUACCUUUUAUUGGUUAUAUACAAAUGGUAUUCGGGGUUAUAACUGCAGUUGGAUGGUGUCGAGACGAUCAUAUAGGUCAAUGUCUUGCACAUUUUAUUAUGGGAUCUUCAUUUAUUGGUUAUGGUAUCUUGUUGAUAUUGUCCUUAAGGUUUGGAAGUGAAUGGCUUCGAAGCAAGGGUAAAUCACAAGAUUAUUUUGAUAGUUGCAUGAUUACAGUUUGGGGAUUCGUAAACACAUGGACAGAACACAGAUGGAACUCACCAUGGUCCCAUAAAGAUUAUCAACAUACUGCACUUGGAAUAAUGUGGUGGGCUGGUGGCAUGGUUGGAAUUUAUCUCUCAAGAAAUGGAAAGAGAAGCAUCAUCCCAGGACUCAUAAUCUUUUUUACCGGUUUCGCCAUGAGUGCUCAUGGCCAAGCAUCGGAAACAUCCACCAAACUUCAUGCAAAUUUUGGUUAUGCAUUAAUGAGUGCAGGAUUGGCGAGAAUAGUUGAAGUUUGCUUUUUUGCAAAAAAUAAUGGACCAAUCAAGAUUUUCCAACAAUUGCCUCCAUACCUUUUGAUUCUCUCCGGUUUGUUGUUCAUGGGAGCGAAUGAGGAGCAAAUCUAUUAUUUGGAUGCUGAAAUCAUUGAUCCAUAUUCUUAUAGUUUAAUUCACGUCGCAAUUUCUUUCCUUAUAUUCCUUGGUGUCAAUUUACUUAUUGAUCUUUAUUGGAGAUCAGGAAAAAAUGAUGGCGAACCAAACUAUGAAAAAUAUGAUAAAUUAUCUAAUAAUCAUAAUACACUUCCACUCAAUAAUUCAAUGUCACAAACUGGACGUACCGUUUUGAAUACAAAUCAAGAUUCUCCAACAUCAAAUAAUUAUGAAUUUAAUUCACUUUUAGUGCAUAAUAAUCAGUUUGAUGAUGAUGAUGAUGAUGUUGAAAAAUAAAUUAUGUAUAAUAGAAUUAAUUAUAUGACACAAAAAUAAUUUAUAGACUUCAAUACUUAUUUUAUUAAUACGUAAAG